GAAUGCUAAAUGUAACAAAAAAGUUGUUGAGAAUAGUUGCGGAGGAAAAGUUAAUAAGUUUUGGAAGAGAGGAGAAGAAGAUGCCUCAAUAAUUUCUACUCGAGAUGCAUGCUUUCACAUGGUAGAUAAGUUAAUCGCUAAAGGGCUUAUAAGGCAGAAUAUAAUUAUUGAACCUCUCCAUUCUGGCUCUUCUAUAUUAACAUAUAGCUAUAGUAUAGUCUCUAUUUCUGAUAAUGCGCAAGAGCAAAUAGGUAUGAAUGAAUGGUGCGAAUUUGUAAAACCAAGUUCAAGGCAAAAAAGAGUGCGAUAA